AGCAGUCGUGUAACCUGACUGUCCUUCAAACUGACACAGCAAUUAUGCAGCAACCAAAACUGUUCUACCAGCAACAUGAUGCCUAUGUUCCCAGACCCUUAGAUCAAUCAGAGAGCCAGUCAAACCAGCCACUUCAAACAUUUGUCCUUCCAGACAACCCUGUAUCAGUAGGACCAUCCAACCUGUACCAUCCCCCAAGUCAAGAGAAAGACAUUUUCACAGUACCCCCUGCAGGUUUCCAGAUGGCACCCUGUGGGUGCUUUUUCGAUCCCCGGAUAUAUCGCAUAGAAUGGGCAACCACCAAUUUCGUGCAACCGUCCAUUUAUAAACUCACGGGUGGAUCAAGUUCACCAAACGCUUACCUUCUGGACACCCACAGAUACCUCAAAAGUCCUGUCCAGACAGUCCCCUACCCACCCUUCCACCCGAUCCCAAGCAACCCCCAAUACAUCAUGCCUUAUUUCAAUCAGGAGGGCCCUGCUAAUGGGACAGAACAAGUUAAUUUGGUCCCUCACCCACUCCAUGACUCUCCAUUUCUUGAGAUGCCUCAGCCCCAGGAAGAAGGUCAGAACAAUGACAGCAAACUGCCCCAGCUCCUCAUAUCGCUGCCUGGACUCAGCCAGAAUGAGCAGGGCCUCCAGAUAAGCUCCUACAGCCACCUUAAGGGUAAGCAAAGUCCCCACAACACAGAGUGUGAAGGGUUUGAUGGUUUGCAGGUGGAGGGGGAAGAACUCAAAGAAAAUCACAUGAGCCAGAACCUCCUAUUGAAUACACAGAUCCCAGACAUUUGCAUCGAAGAUCAAAACCCUCUUUCUAGUCCCAGUGUUGCAAACGCGCAGGUGAUGGUGAAGGCAGUGUCCUGUCCUCUGCAGGACAGCCUCGGAGCUGAAGACAGCACAGUGCUGGACAUAGAGGAGCCCUUCGAUCUGCCUGAGAAGGUUUUGUUGGAAGAUGCGAUGAAGCUGUUUGAUUGCUCUCCAGCUAACUCGGACUCGGAGGUUUCCAGAGACAACCUGAGCCGCACCCUAGCGUCCAGCGAGAGCGAAAGCAAAGAUUGCGGCUUCCCAUGUGACGACUCGUCCAGCGACAUACGGUCACUCAACCUGCCUGAUGAGCUGCUGUCUUUUGACUAUAGCGUGCCCGAGAUCCUAAACACAGUGGCAAGCGUGGAUUAUUUCUAUGACCUCAAAACUUUCAAUGAGGACCCCAAGUGGGAUUUGGAGCUGGUGCUGCAGCCUCCCCAAACCAGUGGGUCACUCCAGGGCCCCAGGCAAGAGCCUCAAGGAAAAAAGAAGUACAGCAAUGCAUCCACUAAGAAAGGAAAGCAGAAAGACAGCAAGAAUAAACCUGCCUCUACACAGGGUAGCAGCACAUUGGACAGGCAGGAGUGCCCGGUGACAGUCAACUGA